GCGACAGUUACCGCUACGAAACGUCUCCAGCUUAAAUCUCAACGAAAUCGGUUUUGGCCAACGGUCUUCGAGCGAUAUUCCGGCGAGGCGGAGAAUGGGUUUCAAGCACGCUAUGUUGCAGCGAAGUUACGAGCUGUCGCCCUCACCGGCACGCACUUCACCCACCAACGCCUCCACCAGCACCACCCACGAUGGGGUCCCACCACCCCAGGCAGCCCAGCCGCCGGUCCAAGUUACGGACUUCAGUAUCAGUAGGAUUUUGGGCAAAGAGCGUAAGCCAGCUCAGGAUACCAGUGCGAAUAUUUUGGAUCUGUCGAAGAGUAGCAGCACCAGUAACAGUAGCAUUAUUCCGCCCCAGGUGGGCGUGCCUCAAACCCUAUCCUUGCCCACAUCGCCCUAUGGCGGCUAUUCCAUGCUACCACCGGAUCUGGUGGCCAUGGCAAACGCCACAAAGUUUUAUGACCAGUUCUUUCCACACCUGCUGCCUGCUUAUGCGGCAGCGGCUGCGGCGGCAGGACUCAGUACUCCACCCACUUCUCCCUACCAGCAAGGACACCCUGUUCAACCGGUGCAACCACUUCCACCACCCCAGCAGAAACGAUACUUUGCCCCCUAUGUGAUCAAUAACCAAGGAUCUCAGCAGCCACAACAUCCGCUCCUGCGGCCCAAGGCCACCGCCUGCACUCGCCCAGACUGCCGGGAGUGCCUAGACUACUAUCAAAGGCUGCAAGCUGGCUACAAGUCUACCACGCCCCUGAUAUCACCCGCCGCCUCGUCCGUCAGUAGCUCCAGCAGCUCCAUGCGACCCGUGAGGGAUCUGAUUAUGAGCGCCGCCGGAGGAUCCACCACCAGCACCAACAUCUCGCUGACCACUGUCACCAAUCUGAGCCUCAGCUCGAGCCAGAACACAACCGUCGGAUUGAUGCCAAAAAUACCAGGAAUAGCCGUCGGAAGUGGCGGCGCAGCUAUUCCUACCGCCAGUAUCUAUAGUCCCACUUCCGCCGAGGAAAUCAGCUACAAGUGCCGGAUAUGCGAGAAGGUCUUUGGAUGCUCCGAAACUUUACAGGCUCAUGAAAAGACACACAAAUCCCCCCGCUACGAGUGCUCGGACUGCGGAAAGGGCUUCUCUCAGUUGAGGAACUACAAGUACCACCUCUCGGUGCAUCGUGGCACCAAGGAGUUUGCGGCAGAGUGCCCCGAAUGCGGAAAGACCUUCAACGACAAGGGGUACCUCAGUAGCCACAUGAAGAUCCAUCGGAAUCGCAAGGAGUACGAGUGCCCCUACUGUCCCAAGUCUUUCAACCAAAGGGUGGCCUUCAACAUGCACGUAAGGAUCCACACGGGAGUGAAGCCGCACAAAUGCGCCGAAUGCGGCAAGAGGUUCUCCCGGAAAAUGCUCCUGAAACAGCACAUGCGUACCCACAGCGGUGAGAAGCCCUACCAGUGCUCCGUGUGCGGCAAAUCCUUUGCAGACCGGAGCAACAUGACCCUGCACCACCGGCUGCACUCCGGCAUUAAGCCCUUCAGCUGUCCCCUGUGCCCGAAGGCCUUCACCAAGAAGCAUCAUCUGAAGACGCACCUGAACUACCACACGGGCUGCAAGCCAUACAUCUGCCCGCAUCCCAAUUGCAAUCAGGCCUUCACCCAAUCCAGUAACAUGCGGACCCAUGCCAAAAAGUGCCAGUACCGCCCGCUGGACGGAGCCACCGCAGCGCCCCUGCCAGUAACUGCGCAGGUGCAACUGCAGGUGCCAAGCUCACUGGCAUUGGCCAUGGCGGCGACUCCAACAUUCGUGAUGCCUCCGCCACCUGGACCACCCCUGGCACCUCCGCCGGCCCAGCAAACCCUGCUCAGCAAUCUGCGUACUUUCUGAGGACCAAGAUAUGCAAAGGGGUAGGGUCAGGAUUAAAUAGU